UAAGGAAAGUAAAUACCAGUUAUACGUUGAAGCUAGGGAUGGUGGAAAUCCUUCAUUAAGCUCCAUGUCAACGUUGAUUAUAAAUGUAAUUAACAAUCAAAAUAAUGCUCCAGCAAUAAAUAUAGAUUUUAUAUCACCUUUAACAAAGACUUCUACAGGUAUUUCAGAAGCAAGUAAAAUUGGGAGUUUUAUAGCUUAUGUUAUGGUCAUUGACACUGAUAAUGGGCCUAAUGGACAAAUUAAAUGUAAUAUUCACCAUAAAAUGUUCCAGCUUUCUAAUAUGGGUUCUAAAGAAUAUAAAAUAUUGGUGAAAGAACCUCUUGACAGAGAAACUAUAGACCAUUAUGUUGUUUCUAUUGUAUGUCAUGACAUGGGAUCACCUCCAUUAAAGACUAAGAAACAGUUCUCUGUCAAAGUAACUGAUGUCAAUGAUGUAGAACCACAUUUUACCAAAGAGACAUUCCAAUUCCUCACCUAUGAAAACCAGAAAGUUAACUUCCCUAUUGGCUUCAUCAAUGCUACAGACCCUGAUCUUGGAGAUGGAGGCCAACUUACAUAUUCUAUCAUCAAUGAUAACAACAAUGAUAACAUUCCUUUCCAACUGACAAAAUAUGGAUUUAUUUCUACAUCACAACCAAUAGAUCGAGAAGUGAAAGACAUCUAUAAUUUACAAGUUUUAGUCAAAGAUAAUGGAACACCUUCUCUGAACAACACUGCUAACAUUCUUAUUGAGAUUCUAGAUAAAAAUGAUAAUGCACCUUAUUUCAUCUUUCCUAACAAUGACCCUUACAAUCUAGAUGUCCACUACCAUCCACACAGUAAGAAGGACAUCACAAUUCUGAAAGCAUCUGACAAAGACACUGGAAACAAUGCUUUCCUCACAUAUGGAAUACUGAGAUCCAAUGAUAAAAACCUGUUUACAGUGAACUCACACACUGGUGUGUUAUCUUUCUCUCGCACAGUUUACCAAAAUGAUGCAGGAACAUAUGAGCUGCAGUUUAUAGUGAAAGACGGUGGUACUCCAGUUCAAUCAGCAACAACUGCUAUCAUACUAACACUGUUUGUUAGUAAUGAUACAUCUCCAAUGUUGACUGCUGUCCACUCACAGUCUGAUAACAACCUGAAUAUGACUUGGAUAAUUAUCAUUGUAGCAGCAGCUGUAAUACUAUCUGUGGCUAUUGUAGUGUCAAUAACAAUGUGUGUUUUCAAAUGUAUUAAUCACUUCAAUAAUUCAUCUGCAGAAAAAGAUAAUCCAAAAUUUCUCUCUCAGACUGAAAUGAGACAAAUUCUGUAUCAGACAAACAAUCCUGUUGCAAUAACUCGGAAUGCAGAAGAGAUAUUUAGCAGAAAUCUUCAGUCAAUAAACCCUAAAUGUUCAUACUAUCCAGAAAUAGACCAGUUGACCAAUGAAUGGAACUACUCAACAACACCCAGAAAACUUCCACCAGUUCCACAGAUCUAUAAUAAACAGGUUGCAGAUGGGUCUUAUGAGCAAGGUGACAACAGUAGCACUUUGACAUCAAACAACCUAAGUGAUACAUUGCCAUCUCAAAGAGAUCACAACUGUGCUUGGAAUGAAGGGGAUAUUAAGCAUCAACCAGCAGAAUAUAGUAAUUAUACACCAAACAUACCUCCAAUGCCAAAGAGUGGACAAGAACAAGACACUUAUCUUGAACCAAUAUAUAAGAAAUAAUAAUAAUCACAGGACUAACAUGACUCAAAUUCUUAGUACUAAGGAUAACUAAAUUUCUCUCGCAAUUUGACUCCAGAAAUGGAAUAUAAUUAAGAGACUCUUCUAAAAUAAAAUUAAUCUAAUCAGCAAAUACAUAGCAAGAACUAAUUAAUCCAAGUUUAUAUAUAAAAAAUAUGUAAAUAUGUAAAUAUGUAAAUUAGAAAUGUUGACACAUAAUUGAUAAAUUUUGAUCAUGCACUUGGUCAAAAUCUUCAAAGAUAACUUUAUAACAUAUUAAAUCCCCAUUAGUUGUUUAUUAAUAACAGAUAUUUUAGCAAUAUACUCUGCAAUUAAAAAAUAUAGAAACAAAACUACUUGAAAACAUACACUUUGACAAUUUACCAUUUCUGGCACUAACUCUACUAUUUUGAACAUUCAGAUCAAUAUUUUAAAAUUAUUAAAAUUAUAGUUUUCAGCAAUGUUAUUUUUCAUGUAAUCUAGAUAGGUAUUUCAUAGAGGACUAAUCCACUGUAGUAUGUAUAAUGAAAUUGUUACUGGACUUAGAAAUUAAUAUUUUACAUACUGCAGUACACAGUGCAUAAAUAUGUACAUCAGUGUUAUAAGCAUCUGCAUACAAGAGAUAAUUCAUUAGUUAUGUGCAUGUGUGUGUGCGUGUGUGCAUACAAACAUACAGAUAAAAUGAGAGAUUUAUUGCAUCAAAAAAUUUAUAAAUAGUUUACAGAAAUAUGCAUAUAAAAUAUAAUUAAGUCAAACACAAGAAGUUAGUCAAUAGUACUCCUCUAUAAAUGAGUAGCUUUCCAGAGAUUUCAUAAGCAAAAGUACAACUGAGAAGAAAGAAAAUAACUCAAUGUAGUCUUUUACUCCCGUAUCAAGGAUUCAGUAACAAACAGAUGUAGUAAUAGUCAUUAUGCAUACAUAGAUAUGUACUAAACUGAUGUUAACAAAUAACUAUGGAAUAUAUCAAUUUAAGAUAUAAUUGUGUUGCUAUCCAUUCCUUCUAACAGUGGAAUAUGUAGCAACACAAUUAGGAUGUUGGAUUUUAGGAAUUCAGUCUGCUGAACUCUAAGCUGAUCCAUAUCUAUUGUAUGCCUUUUGACAUAUACUUACGUGCAUAAGUGUGUGUGUGUGUAUGUGUGUGUGUAUACAUGCA